AUGUUGUCCUCAUGGGAUGCUGCUGCGGUGCUUUUUUAACUCCAGUCCCUGAACAGGUUAUUAGAGGAGCAGUGCAUAAUUGCAGCCUGGUUGGUGGCUGCGCUGCUGCUGCUGUUAUUCACUCUCAUCACUGUCAAAAGUGUAGCUGGAGGGAAAAACAAGAAAGGUAAUACUAAACCCUCCCAGCCGGAGUCAGAAUGCACUGACUGGCGCUAUGGCAACUGUGUCCCUAGCAACGGGGACUGUGGAGCAGGAUUUAGAGAGGGGUCAUGUGAUGAGCAGAACAAGACGAUGAAAUAUAGAGUACCUUGCAACUGGAAAAAAGACUUUGGAGCUGACUGUAAGUAUCGAUUUCGAAGUUGGGGAGAGUAUGAUCCGAGUUCUGGCUCGCGGAGCAGAACGGGGACACUGAAGAGGGCUCUGUAUAAUUUGGAGUCACAGACUAUUUCUGUCUCCAAACCUUGCAUUGGAAAAACCAAGACAAAGAAAAAAGGUUAG